CUGUAAAGUGUUCCCACCAGAAUUUCCUUCAGCAAUGGCAUUGGCUGCAGUUCUGCUCGAAACCUGGCUGCUUUGGGGGUUUAGGGCCGCAUUAAAACACGACGGGUCGGGAAGAACCCUACGACCGCUUCCCAAAUCCGGAAUGGCUAUUGCAGGUAUGAUGAUGCAUUCGACGGUGUUUUAUUAGCUUAUAAUGUUCAUGCUCCGGAGAACAACGGGCGAAUCCUUCCCGGUGUCAUCCGUUCAUUGCUGUGAAACUAGAAUCUAAAUUACUUGUCUUUUCGCCUAAGGAAGACAUGCUUUUAGGUACCCUUUCUGUAUUGAUAGGCAUUGUUCCUCUUUCCGUAUCAUACUUUGACUGGUUUUAAGUAAUUUUGAGCAAAUGUGUUGUUCUGAACACUACAGAAGGGAAGGUGGUGAAAGUGACUGAAGAGCUUAUUCAUGUCAUCGUUCUUGGUUUCUCAUCGGCUGUAAUAACAGAUGAAGAUGUCCGCAACGAGUACAAAUACAAGACGUAUGGAUGAAGAGACCCUCCACAUCUACGGAUCAUUGAUCCCUGCUAACACCGGAAGCAUUAAGAUAUUGGACAAACCCUCAGAGCACACCAACACAGAAAGGCUGACAAUCAACAGCACUCCCAAGAAAAGGAGAAUCAAAGAGCAAGAAGCAGUUGCAGAGAUAACACAGCACGGCAGCACUGUCAAGGAUGCUCCUUUACAUAACAAUUAUGAUCGUGAAAUUAAGAAGUCGUGAAGAAGCUGAUAACUCAUCGAAGGUCGGAUUAAUGAAAUGUUGUAGUUUAGCUUGUUAUAGGUGAUGUUGAUUUGUAAUAUUUACUCUCAUAUUCUUUGCUGUAAAACAGCAACCACAGUGAAUCAAUCUAAGCGUUCUUCCCCUCUUCCCUGUGCAAGUUGAUUGGUUGGUACCUUUGCUCAAAACUUCCACAAAAUCUAGUCACCAUCUUCUGGUAUACAUUUCUUCGGAGGGUAUGGCUAGAGGAAGAGGCCUCCUUUCCUCUGUAGCUGAAGAAUGCUGGUCUGGUCAGCUACACGAUCGAGCACCUGUGUUUUCGUGCAGCUGUCAGAUGAUGCGUGACAUUUUGUAACAGUAAGGGAAGGUUAGCGGUUCCUCAUCCAGACAUCUUUGGAAGUGAUGGACUCCUACCCAACUGCUAAUGCUUGUUCUGCGCAUGUGACGAAAGACAAGCAUAAUUCCAUUUAGACAUCAAUUCAAUCUGCUUAAACAUACAUGUAAUCAAGUUCUAAUGAACUAAAGCUUGAUCG